AUGUACGACACCUUCGAUGACCAGUAUGCUGCCACCAUAGGCAUUGAUUUCCUUUCGAAAACCAUGUAUUUGGAAGACAAUAAGACCGUGCGUCUACAGCUAUGGGACACGGCGGGCCAGGAGCGGUUCCGGUCGCUCAUCCCGUCGUACAUUCGAGACUCGCAUGUCGCUGUGAUUUGCUACGAUAUCACUAGCAAGAAGUCGUUCGACAGCUUGGCCAAGUGGGUCAAUGACGUGCGCAUGGAGCGCGGCGAAGAGGUGAUUGUGGUGAUUGUGGGCAACAAGUCCGAUCUCUCUGCCAAGAGACAGGUGAGUGCCGAAGACGCGGAGGCGUUUUGCAAGCUGGUGGGCGGGAAGUUUGUCAUUGAAACGUCGACCAAGGCCAACCACAACGUCAAGCUCUUGUUCAAGCGCAUUGCCGCGUGCUUGCCUGAGUUCAGCGAAAGCGCAGCGGAGGCCGAACAGCCGGAAACGGUCAAUAUCAGCAUCGAGGCGCCCGAAAGUUCGGGCUGCUGCUGA